UCGUGUCUCUGAAGCAGAGAGGAACUUCAUAACGGGUCGGGUGUGGCGACAACAAAAUAUUGAAAAUAAAUCGAAACUUGAUUUUUGAAUUCUGUUGCAUUGAGAGCGGAGCGAAGCGACUUACAGAAAAGUGAGCUAACGGGAAGCUGCAUGUGUUUCUUUUUGAGCAGUUGUCGCUGAUUUAAAUUUUUGUUCUUAUUUUUGGGUAAGGAUUUUUUUUUUUGUAAAACCAUUCAGUUUUAAACUGUCAACUUACUGGCGCUUGUAAAUCAACUUUGUUUCAGUUCCACAUUUAUUAUAUGCCUUUUUGGAAUUAAAGGAAAACAACUUUUUUUUUUUUUUUUUUUUUUUUUUUGAUGUCUAAACGUAUUUAUUCUCCGCUGUAUCAAACAGCCUGUUAUAUAUAUAUGUUUUAUAGUGCUUUUCUUUUGUUGCAACAAAACCAGGUUCUAUCAUAGAUUUUGGAGUUUAUGAAUGGACCACAAUCUGCUACGUGUUUUAAUAAUAAAAAAACAACUUCGUAUUUUGUGUUUUUUUAUUUUUAGAGGACACGGGAGCAAACGCCUACAAGAGAGACUUUUUUAAUAUCAAAAGUGCAUAACAAGUGUUUAAAAUAUAUAUAUCUUUUUUUAUUUUUUAUUUUUUUUUUAGUAAAAAGCAUCUUCCAGUCUGUGAGGCAUAGGGAGAACGGAUCUGAGGGUUAGGAAGGGACUGUACGACUAUUUGUGCAUUAUAUAUAUAUUUUAUAACCCUCACGAGUAGAGUGUAAUUGUGUUGGGUGUGUGUGUGUGUGCAGUCGGAACCAUGGGUUGUACCAUAAGCACCGAAGAUAAAGCCGCGUCUGAAAGAUCCAAAAUGAUUGAUAAAAAUCUCAGAGAAGAUGGAGAGAAAGCUGCCAGAGAGGUGAAACUACUGCUUCUAGGUGCUGGCGAGUCGGGGAAGAGUACCAUUGUGAAGCAGAUGAAAAUUAUCCAUGAAGAUGGCUACUCGGAGGACGAAUGCAAACAGUACAGAGCCGUGGUUUACAGCAACACCAUCCAGUCCAUCAUGGCCAUUAUCAAAGCCAUGGGCAAUCUCAAGAUUGACUUCGGAGAGACCGCGCGAGCGGAUGAUGCCCGCCAGCUCUUUGCCUUGUCCGGCGGCGCGGAGGAGCAGGGCGUCAUGUCUGAUGACCUGUCCAGUGUCAUCCGGAGGCUGUGGGCAGACACCGGGGUGCAGUGCUGCUUCACCCGCUCCAGAGAGUACCAGCUGAACGACUCGGCCGCAUAUUACCUGAAUGACCUGGAGAGGAUAGCCAGACAGGACUACAUUCCCACCCAACAAGACGUUCUGCGGACCAGAGUGAAGACCACGGGCAUUGUGGAGACCCACUUCACCUUCAAGGACCUGCACUUCAAGAUGUUUGACGUUGGAGGACAGAGGUCGGAGAGAAAGAAGUGGAUCCACUGUUUCGAGGGCGUGACGGCCAUUAUCUUCUGUGUGGCUCUGAGUGCUUAUGACCUGGUCCUGGCUGAAGAUGAGGAGAUGAACCGAAUGCACGAGAGCAUGAAGUUGUUUGACAGUAUCUGUAACAACAAGUGGUUCACUGAGACUUCCAUCAUCCUCUUUCUUAACAAAAAGGAUCUAUUUGAGGAGAAGAUCACCCGCAGCCCCCUGUCCAUCUGCUACUCUGAGUAUUCAGGAGCAAACAAAUACGACGAGGCUUCGGCCUACAUCCAGGCAAAGUUUGAGGACCUGAACAAGAAGAAGGACACCAAGGAGAUCUACACCCACUUCACCUGCGCCACCGACACCAAGAACGUGCAGUUUGUGUUCGACGCAGUCACUGACGUCAUCAUCAAAAACAACCUGAAGGACUGCGGCCUCUUCUAGACAAGGAGGGUGAGACACGAAGGAUUACUUGAACUGCUCUGUUCACCAGAGAGAGACAGAGAGUGGACCCACCAUGACAGACUGCACUGGCUAACAAAUCCUGCUUUCAUAAAGAAAAUAAAUAGACUGAUAACUGGGAGAGCCUUGCAGGAGAUGAAGGAUUGCUAAUCCCCCCCAAUCACGGCCUAUUUUAUCUUUUUUUUUUAUAUAUAUAUAUAUUUUUUCCAUUUGAGGGGGUUUUAUUUCAUUUCAAGAUGUCUUAUUUUAAACCUUCAAGCCUGCCGGAACCACAAUGUUUUUUCCCCCCCUUUUCAUUUGAAAUCGUUUGUUUUACUUUAGAUAAAUAAUGGGGGUGGAGAAUAACAGCAAGAAAGGAAAGUGCUUUUUUAUAAAGUUUACAUAAAGUCCUCAUUCUUAGCAAAAUCUGCAUUAUGUGCUGCAUGACUGCUGAUAGUUAAUAUCAUUAGUUCUGUCAUUAGCACAGACCAGCAUAACAUUCCUUUAAAAAAACAAUAAACCAAUAAAGCUUCUAGACCUGGGGGAGGAAAGCAAUCAACACUUGUUAACAUAUAUUUAAGACAUGUAAUUACCUAACAUAUUUUGUUUUUAUUUUUUCAUUCCACUUCCUUCGCCGUAAUUUGCGUGCUUUGGCUAUUCUCUGUUUACAUCUCUUACUCCUAGAUUCGUUUUGGUAUCGAUAGUGUUCAUUGUAGGGCUUACUGUUUUCUUUCUUUUUCAUCACGGGGUAAAAAAAUCUAACAAAAGAAAAAAAAAAUGGUAGACCUUUUGGUAAAGUACAUUGACAUGCUUAAAUCAUACAAUGCUUUAAUUUAAAUAAAAGUUCAGUCACUAGA